AUGGCAGAUUCGGGGGAAAAACAUGUUGGAGAAUCGUCAACACGCCGAAAUGCAUCAAAAAGGAAAGGACAGGGUCAGAGGCACUCUGUGGAGGCUACUCAGAGACUUGAAGCAUUUUACGAGAUAUGUCGAUUUCCAGACGAGGACCAACGAAAUCAAUUGGCUUUCGAAGUAGGGCUUGACCCUGAUCAGGUCAAGGGUUGGUUUCAAAAUAAAAGGACUCAAUCAAAGACAAAAGAUGAGAGAUCAGACAACAAGACUCUUCGAAACGAAAAUGAAACAUUGCGUUUAGAGAUUAUUGCAAUGAAAGAGGCAAUUAAAAAUAACAUGUGCUCACAAAGUGAUGGUCCGUCCAUUGGAGAAGAAGAGAGAGCAAGAAAUGUAGAAAAAAUGAAGAUAAACAUUCAAAAGUUGAGAGAGGAGCGUAAAAGAAUAUCAAAUAUCAUCUCAAGUUAUGAUGGGAAGUCUUUUGUGAUGGAUUCAAAUUCUACUCUUGAAUCUCUGGCUGAUGAAUCUUUGUUGAAGCAAACUAUAUGUGGCUCUUCCAUUGGAUAUACUUCUUCGGGAAAUAAUAAUGACAUUUACAAUGCUCGAGCACGGAUGAACAAUAUCCCAAUAAUAUCAAAAUUAGAACAAGAAAAUUAUGGGUUUCAUCAUGAUGAUAGUAAUGGGGAGAAAUCAAUUAUUUUUGAGAUAGUUGUUCCUGCUAUCAAUGAAUUGCUUGGACUUGUGCAUGUGGAUAAACCACUUUGGAUAAAAUCAUCAGUCGAAGAAGGGUGGACUAUUCAUCGUGAGGGUUAUGAUACAACAUUUUCAAAUUCAAAUCGACCUUAUAAAUCAUCAACUGCUCGAAUUGAAUCAUCAAGGUAUUUUGGAGUUGUGCCAAUGACUGGAAUUGAUUUGAUCAACAAUUUUCGUGAUCCGAUCAAAUGGAUGAACAUGUUUCCUACUAUAGUCACAAAAGCUAAGAUUGUUGAUGUUUUUGAUUCUGGGAAUACAGAAGUCUCUAUACAAUUGAUGUAUGAAAAGAUGCACAUUCUAUCUCCUCUAGUUGAAGCUAGAGAUUUUGUCUUCAUACGUUGUUGUAAACAACUUCAACCAACAACAUGGAUAAUGGUGGAUGUUUCUUAUGAUUUAUUCAAAGAGAUUCAAACUUGUGCACCUUCUUAUGCUUGGAAGUUUCCUUCUGGUUGUUUAAUUCAAGAAAUAGGCGAUGGCAGAAGUGUGGUUGCAUGGAUUGAACAUGUUCAAAUAGAUGAAAAAUGUCAUGAGGUGAAUCAUCUCUUUAGACACUUGUUAUGUCGACGUCAUAUAUAUGGAGCUGAAAGAUGGAUUGCUACACUUGAAAGGAUGUCUGAGAGAUAUAAUAAUGAAAUGUCUACAACACUCAAUAUUAAUUUUUACUUUUUUAAUGAUAUUUCAGAAGGCUUGAAAAAUGUGAUGAGCAUAUCUCAAAGAAUGGUGAAGAGGUUUUGUGAAAUCCUAAACAUGACAGAUAAAUUAGAUUUUUCAACUUCAUUACUUUUGAAUAACGAAGAUAGAGUUUCGAUAAGAAAAAAUAAAGAAACUACCCAAUCGAAAGGCUUCAUUGCUACUGCUGCUACAUCCCUGUGGGUUCCUCUUUCAUUUGAAACUAUUUUUGAUCUUCUCAACGAUAUCAACACAAGAUAUCAGUGGGAUGCUUUUUCUGGGGGAAAUUAUACCGCUGAAAUGGAUCGAGUGUCUACGGGAACUUCUACAAAAAAUUGUAUUACAUUCAUUCAGCUUAAUAUGACAACGGAGAACAACAUGGUACUUCUUCAAGAGUCAGGCAUCGAUAAAAUGGGAGCUUUUUUAAUCUAUGGACUAAUAGAUUCAACAGCAUACAAGUCAUUUCUCAGUGGAGGUAAUGCGGAAGAAGUUUUUAUUUUGCCUUCAGGUAUCAUCAUAAGUCCCGAUGGCCGCCUCACCAACAAUAAUGAAAAUGCAAAAAAUGGAUCAAUCUUGACAGUGGCUUUUCAAAAGUUGAUUUUUGCUAAUAAUUCAAUCUCCCAAGACCAACAUGAGGAGGAAAUGGCUUAUAUUCAUAACCUUUUGAGCUAUACGGUUUUAAAAAUCAAAGCACUAUUGGGUUGCUCUGAUUAA